AUGGAUGAGGGGUGUAGGGGAGUGGUGGAACGGGAAUGGGCCGGAUCACAGGGUUUGAAUUUGCAGGCUAGGCUUGAUUUGUGUGGUAAGGGGCUCAAGGCGUGGGGUGGGGACCGUCAUCACAAGUUCGGUAAACGGAUUGGAGAGUUAAGGAAGGAAAUGGAUAAGGUACGGGACAGCCGUGACCCUGUUUCGUUGGCCCAGUUUGUGCAGUUCGACAAUAGUAUAAAUCUUGCUCUAUCUCAAGAGGAGGCUUUCUGGAGGCAGCGUGCUAAGCAGCACUGGCUUCAGGGGGCUGAUCGGAAUACCAAAUUCUUUCAUAAAUUCGCAUCCCACCGGAGGAAGAAGAGUGUUAUUGUGAAAUUGAAAGAUGAUAAUGGGGUCUGGAAGGAGGGUCAAGCUUUGGAUUCUCUGGUCACUACAUACUAUAAGCAAAUUUUUGCAUCUGGGGGGUUUCCAGGGACUUUCAGUGUUGAUUCUAUGCAGGAACGUGUGACCGAAGCCCAGAAUGCCCAUCUGUUACGUCCGUUUGAGCCGGAGGAGGUCCGGGCUGCAUUAUUCUCUAUGGGCAAGGAUAAAUCCCCGGGGCCGGAUGGCAUGAAUCCCGGUUUUUACCAAGCGUUCUGGGAUGUUAUUGGUAAGGAUGUCACUUCCUUUGUGCUUAAUUGUCUUUCUCAGCCAUCUUUUCCUGUUAUGGUUAAGAUGGUGGCAAACCGUAUGAAACCUUUGUUGGAGGGUAUUAUUUCGGAAUCACAAAGUGCAUUUCUCCCAGGUAGGUUGAUCUCGGACAAUAUUCUAAUUGCUUCUGAGGUGGGCCACUACUUGAGAAGGAAACAGCUAGGCCAGGUGGGGUGGGCCGCUUUAAAGCUUGAUAUGAUCAAGGCGUAUGAUAGGAUUGAGUGGUCUUUUGUGAGAGACAUGCUAAUGGGUUUGGGUUUUGAUGCUAAAUGGGUUCAGUUGAUUAUGAUGUGUGUCCAAACAGUGCGGUAUAGAGUUUUGGAUUCUCAGGCGAAGGGUCUUAUUCAUGGAUGCAGGGUGGCCAGGGGGGCACGACCCAUUUCGCAUUUGUUUUUUGCAGAUGACAGCCUGCUCUUCUUUAAAGCCAAUCUGCAGGAAACGAUGGAGGUGAAGAAGUAUCUGAGUGUCUAUGAGUUUUUCUCUGGCCAGGCAGUGAACUUCCACAAAUCCAAUGUCUCGUUUAGCCGCAACACUCACGAGGGGACACGAGAACUCGUUUCGGGGGCCUUGGCAGUCGCACAAGCUGAGGAUUUUAGGAAGUACCUGGGGUUGCCAUUUGUUGUUGGCAGGAACAGGAGGGCGGUUUUUGCUUAUGUUGAGCAAAAGCUGAGGCAGAGAUUUGGAUCGUUGAAUAAAAGGUUGCUGUCUAAGGCAGGAAAGGAGGUCCUUUUGAAGAGUGUAGCACAAGCCAUGCCGACUUAUACAAUGAGUAUUUUCCUACUCCCGACUUCUUUAUGUAUUUCUUUGGAGAGACUAAUGAACAGGUAUUGGUGGGGACGGAGUGGUGAUGACGGAAGCAUUCAUUGGUUAGCUUGGGAUAGGAUGUGUAAAUCCAAGAAGUUUGGAGGAAUGGGUUUCAAGCGAUUGCAUGAGUUUAACCUGGCCCUAUUGGGCAAGCAAGGAUGGCGGCUACUUACUAAUCCCAACUCCUUAAUGGCACGUGUUUUUAAGGCAAGGUAUUUCCCGACUACUUCCUUUUAUGAGGCUAUUAUAGGUGGUAAUCCUAGCUACGUUUGGAGGAGCAUUAUGGCCAGUCAGGAUUUGUUAAAAUCCGGUUGCAGGCGUAGAAUUGGCAAUGGAAGAUCUACUCAGGUUUGGACAAUUCCUUGGCUAUCGGAUGCCCAAAAUCCUUAUGUUGAAUCUGAACAGGUGAAUAAUGGCCAGGCUAUGUUAGUCUCGGAUCUGAUUGAUGCCCACACGGGAAGUUGGAAUGGUAAUUAUUUACAUCAGUUGUUUAAUCCACGGGAUGCAAUGCUUAUAUCACAUCUGCCUGUAAGUUUGGAUUAUGAUGAUAUGUGGCACUGGGAAGGGGAUUUAAGGGGGUGCUACUCGGUUAAAGACGGCUAUAGAAGGUUGGGUUUUGUAAAUUCACAGCCUUCUCCUGUGUGGAAUAAUGUCUGGAAGUUACAGGUUCCCCCCAAGUGGAAGGUGUUUCUAUGGAGAGCCCUCUUGAAUAAAUUUCCCUCGCUUGAUAAUCUGAUAAAUAGGAGGGUGGACCUAGUUAAUAUUUUCCCGUCGUGUGGCUUAUACGAGGACUGUGUUUCGCAUAUUUUUUGCUCGUGCCCUUAUGUUGUCAAUGUUUGGCAUAUGUCUCAAAUUCAUAUCCCCUCUUUUGCCAACAGGAAUUUCUUGCAAUGGACGGAGGAGUGGCUCGGUGGUGCAUCAAGAUUUAGUAUUGAUGUACAAGGCCAAAUAUGUGGUAUACUCCAUGCUAUUUGGUCCGCAAGGAACACGGCAGUGUGGGAAGGUAGCUUGCCGACACCACUCUUGUUGCUUCGACGCCAUGCGGCGUCCUGGACUGCUUGGACGAAUUGUGAACAGCGCCGAGUUGAAGCUUGUAGUAGAUACACUAUACAGCACUCCACGGCAGCACCUGCUCAGUCCACACAUGCAGCGGCAGCUUUCCAUUGCUUCGUGGAUGCCGGCUUCCACGGUACACAUCAUGCACCGGCUUAUGGCUUUGUGGUUUUGGAUGGAGACUCCUCUUUUGUAGCGGCGGCAAAUGGUCCUUUGGUGUGUCAGUAUGAUCCUCCUCUAGCGGAAGCAAUGGCGUUAUAUGAAGCCCUCUAUUGGUUGAAGGAUAAUGGGUACUCAGGUGGAAGAAUUUACACGGAUUCAUCAGUUUUGGUCUCUGGACUUAAUGACGCUAGUUCGUUUCGCAAUUAUUUUGGUUUUACUCUUUUGUCUUGUAACCGUUUAAUUAAUGCUAUGCCUGGAACUCUAGUUUGCUUUGUUAGUAGGGACGUCAAUCAUGUGGCUCAUUCCUUAUCUAAACAUGUAACUGCAGUAGCAGGUCGUUCGUUAUGGAGGGAUAUUCCUCCUGCUUUUAUUCUGCCCAUGGUGGCUAAUGCAAUCUGA